AUGACUCUCGAUCACCACCCCGUUCAAAACAGUGAGGUUUACCUCAUGCACGCCUCUCACGCUCCUUCAGUACCACCACCAUCUCCCCCAUCUCCAGCUACACCAUGUGAGCGAGAAUUAUCACCUCCCUUGGACGACCUGAUGUCCAUGACACCACCAUUGCUCUCAGACGUAUGUGGCUCAAGCUUCAGUGGUCGCCUGUCAAAUGCUGUUCAUGUUCUCGGAACUGAAGCUACAGCUCUUUCAUGUCUCACUCGCCUCUAUGAGACUGAGCCCAUUGCCCGAGGAGGAUUCAACUCGGCAGUCGAAGCUAUCACCAGACAUCGAGGGGAGAUAGGUCAAUUGGUAAUCUGUGGCAUCGGGAAGAGUGGGCACAUCGCCAAAAAGCUGGUCGCGACGAUGAACAGCCUCAAGAUUCGCUCAACUUACCUCCAUCCAACCGAAGCUCUUCAUGGCGAUCUGGGAGUUAUCGGAAGACAUGAUACGAUCCUUCUGAUCACGUUCUCCGGAAAGACUCCUGAGCUCCUGUCUCUUCUACCUCACUUUGAUUCAUCUCUUCCUCUUCUCAUCAUGACUUCCCACACUCACCCAUCGACUUGCGAGAUCAUCAAACAAAGACCAGACGCCAUCCUCCUCCCAGCACCAAUUCACAAAUCCGAAACCGACUCCUUUGGAUUCAAUGCCCCAACAACCUCCACCACCAUGGCCCUGGCACUGGGAGACGCCCUCGCAGUAGUCAUCUCCAACGAACUACACAUCAAUGUCCAAGCAGUAUUCUCUUCAAACCACCCAGGAGGAGCCAUCGGACAGGCCGUUCAAGGACCAAAGAAGAUCUCCGAUCUUACCAUUCUAUUCGAAUCCAUCCCAGAAAUGGACCACCGAGCAAUCACAGGUGCGCAUGUUCUCAUGUCAGCGUACAAAUCUACUUCCGGAUGGGUUCGACACGGUGACGACAUGGUUGUUCCUCCUCGACGCAUCACGAGACUGCAACCGGAUGAUAUGGAUGAGCCAGCAACCUGUAUCAAUGGUCUGAUGGUUCCGAGCAAGGAUUGGAUCCAAAUUCCAGCCGAUACCUCGAUCAUCUCGGCUCAAGAAUGGAUCACAAGCAGGCGUGUAGCCGGGGAGAUGAAGUACGAUGACGACGCUAUCCUAGCGAUGAUUGUAGAAGGCGAAGUUGCGGGAGUGACUGAAAUAGGAACUGUCAUGGCAUGA